CCUGGGUUCUAGUCUAACCGAGGUAACAUUUCGGGUUGUGAAAGCUCUGCCGUUACCCCGGAGCGAGAAGAGUUUUAUCCCUAUGUUGUUCUAUUUGUCUAAACUAACAUCUCUCAUCACAGGGUAUAUUUCUAUACGUAUAAAUUUGUUAGAUAUUAUGAACGUCUAAAGAAAUGAUUUUAAUAUUUAAGAAUAAAGAAACAGGAAAUAAAAUACUAAAAUCCGUUAGCCGAAACAUAACCUAUCAUAUUAAGUAAUUGUCAAAAAAAAGCGUAGAAUCUUCUUGUUUGUCUUUAGAGUGCUGCAGUAUUGCUAAGAGCAAGACAACUGCAACACGAAAGAAAUGUGCUGGCAGAUGCACUUGUAUGCAAGCCAAAAAAAAGAAGUGGAAGUGGAAGUGGAGUGCGAGUUGCGAUUUAACUGGAUUUAACAUUUUCUAUAAAUCUGCUGAAAAAACUAUCCUAAUUUUAAAGGAUAGCUAUCAAAACGACAAUGUCCACCCUGUCUGCACGUUUAAAACACCCUAAAAAGCAUGAGCUAGCGAAAUCACAGAAUCAGGCCCAAAUGUUAAUCAACAAAUUAAGGCAGGAUGGGGUACUAUCUACAGUGGAGGAUGUUCUACGUGCUGUUGAUCAAGUGGCGGCUUUAUUAUCUUCAAACUUGGCAGAUAGUCACCUCUCUUACAAGGACAGUGUCAUUAACUUGUGUCAACACUUAAAGGUUUACGGUGUUUACCUAGAAAUAUUGUACAAAGAGCAACUCGACCACGCUUUUAGGAUUUUCCGCGACAAAGCCCAGGACGACAUCCAAGUCGACAUGUUGUCCAGGCUUCACUUACUCGAACUGAUCGAACUACGAGCCAAAGGCUGGAAGGGCACCGACGGAAUGAACAUGUAUUACAGAAAGAAGAUCAAUCAGUUUGGAAGUUCACAGGUAGAUAUGUCCGAAUCGAUAUCUAGUUUAAAUGAAUCUCUACAUUCUGUUAUGACUUCUUCACCACCGCCUCUAUUGGGACCCGGUGAAGUGAUCAAACCGUCCGGUAAAUUCCCUAAACCGACUAGAAUCCCCGGUAAGAAAUACUGUAAAGAUGAGGUCGUUAUCAGAAACGCCGAUUCAGGAAAAGUUAAUCCCGGAGCUAAAGAAAGACUGGUUCAAAUUACAGGAGCCAACGAGGAAAGCAUUAACCACGCCAAACAGUUAAUCGAAGACACUAUCAGAAGAAACGCUUCACCUGUAAGAGAUCCUUCAAUUUCCGUAAGUGGAGGUCCUCUGACUGGUUCCAGUUCAAGCAUCAACUCUUCAGCUUCCGACGACAGCGCUUUACCGAGUUCCGCUCGAGCUCCUCGUCAUUUGAUACACAGUUUGAGUGUAAACGACGCCAACCUUGGCGAAUAUAUUUAUACCGUCAACGCUAACGGGUGCAGCAUUAAAAUUACCGGAAAUAAUUUGGAUGCAGUGAGGACCAGCAAAUUGGUUCUAGACGAAUAUUUUUCCGGCGAACCGAUUCACGACGUUGCUCAAUUCUACAGUUUCGAUAGUUUGCCACAACCAAUUAUAUCCGAAGAGUUUCCUUCCACUCCUCUCUCACCACCGGAGUCUCUACCGUCACCCGAAGUAGUUCCAAAUGGAGAGGCGGACGAACCAGAUAAGAUAAAACUGCGCAAACCUCGCCUCUCUGUCGAAGAGAUGCUCAAGGGUAAAUCUAACAGCAUCGACAAAGAAGAUAAAGAGAGAACUCCUUCCAAGCCCACUCACGUAACAUAUUCCAUUGAGUUCUUGGCGCACCUGGCUAUGUCUCCGAUGUGUCUCACGCAACCGAGCGAAUGGGAGAGAAUAUGUAAGGAGUAUCCUUUACUUAUGAGAAACGUCGUUGAGUACUUUGACGCCAAGACUUACCUGUCCACAAGAACAACGGAACCGACCGGUGUGCUUAGUGCAGAAUGCAUCGAUUUCAGCGAAGUUUGACAUCCCUCCGGAUUUUUUUAUAGGUUCAAACGAAAACAAAUUAUAAACUCGUAAAAAAUACAGCGGAUAUUGUAACGUCCGGUUCUAUUUUGUAUAUUUUUCAGUGAGUAACAUUUAAGAGAAAUAGCAAUAACCUCGAAUGUUUAAUAAGGUAGAAAUCUUUGUAGAGACCAAAAAAAUGAAAAAGGAAAAUUAAGAAAAAUAAUGAAAAUGAAUGUAAUCGAAGGCGUUUGAAGAUAAUAAUGAUUUUACAAACUAUUUAGGUAGCACAUAAUUUUCUAGCAUUUAAUGAUACUAGACGAAUACGGAACAGAAUUGUCCAGAAUAGAAAUUUUAAUUUUUAAUUAAACUAGGCUAAAGCAAUACUAAUUGAAGCCGUAGUAUAUAAUUGUAUAACAAUAUGAUUUUUAUUCAAUACUACAUAAUAUAUUAAAUCUAUGUACACUUUUUUGAUUGUUGACUGUAUUUUUAAACAAUUGUUAAUUUCUGUUAAAAGAAUUUUAGUUUAGUUAAUUAUUGUAUCAGUACGAUUUGUUUAUUUUAGAGUGGCACAAUCGGUUAUCUUUUACUUAACAAACGCCUUCGUUCACAUUAGGUUUAUAUAUUUUUAUAUCUCCAGUGAAAAUAUGCUUUAGUGUUGAUUUUUUUUUAGGUUUUUCAACUUAUAACUUGACUGACUUUUAUUUAUUAUUCUUAUGAUUUUCUUAGUGCAAUUGAGUCAGCAGAGCGAUAAUGCAUAUCACUCUGCACACUCAUGGAGAUUUACUCUCCGGAUAAUAGUAUAGGUUUUUUCAUUUGUGAUAAUUGUCAAUAGUAUAUUGGACGUUCCUAAAGCCCGAAGGCAUAUUGUAACGCCCAGUAUAGAAUUUUUUUGUUAACAUUUAACAUUUUCUAGUUUAUUUACUCUAAGUCUACUUACAUAAUUGAUAUUUAGAAAUAUACAUGGGCGCUCAUUUCUAGAACUAAUGGGUUGUUAUAAAACUGGUGAAUCAAUUAGAUUUUUAGCCGUUGAAAGUUUUUUUGCCAGAUAAAGGAUUGACACACAUCACACAUGAUGUUUUAUAACAGAUAAAAAAGUAUGUGUUGUUUAUUGAUUUUUUUUAAACGUCCCAGCAGUCAAAGAUUGCAAUGUCAAAACUUUUUGUUCCCUAUCAGUUUGUUAGGUGGGAAGACAAACUCCAAAAUACACUGACUUAGCUUAUACUUCUUUCUUUCUUCUUAUACACAACAGUAUAUUUUGAGAGUUUAUCACAUUCAUUGAUUCUCGAAUGACAGCAUUUAUGCACUGUAUAUGUAACAUAGAUCUACGACAAUGCCAAGGUAUUUGUCAUAGUGUAAGAAGUAAGAUAUGAAAAACAAUUUUCUUAAUAUUAAAGUUUAGAGUUGCUUGUAAAAAAAAUCCAAUAUUGAAUAGACAAUUGAAAAAAUUUAUAUUAUAUGUAGAAUGGAAAAUUUUCUUAACAGAUUUUCUAUUAAACAGGUAAAUUAGUUAUUUCACUUUCUUUGUUUCUCUUUGAUCAAUAACAUUGCAGUGAUAUUUUUUAUCCCACUUUCAAUGUAAUAUUUUAAUUAAGACGAUCGUAUUAUUAUCAAUAUAUAUCAUCAUCAUCAUUGGUGCUACAGCCCUAGUUGAGCUUCGACCUCCCCAAUCUAUUUCGCCAGUCGUUUCUGUACAUGGCCAACAAUUGCCAAUUUGUCCACACCGUCCCUCCAUUCCAGACUAAUAGGGUUCGUCUGGGUGGGUAAUUAUCAUUUGCUCUGGACACAUGUUCCAGCCCAUCUAAGCCUACCUAUUUUCAUGAAAGACAUUGCAUCUAUCAUUAUUUACUAAUUCUCACAGAUUGCGUCCAUUACUCUUCUUAGUAUUUUUCUUUCGAAGAUGGGCAGACGAUUUGCGUCUUUUUAGAGAUUUCUGCCCAUAUGGAAGCAGUAGUAGUGUGUUUUAUAAAAAUUGUGUAAAUUAAACAAAAAACAAGUCUAAGAUGUCAGAAUGAAACAGAAUACUGGUUUUACACAGAAUAACUUUAUUAUACAUUUGAAUUUAAUGCAUUUUUUGCUCUAAUAAAUAAUGUUCCCCACGAGCCUACAACUGCAGUCUUUUGUCUUCUAAUACUUAAGAUUAUACUAUCUAUAUAUCAGACGUUCUUUGUUACUUCUUCUGCUUGUAAUUGCAGGAAUUUGUGCCCUAAAUCUUCGGCCUAGCAUGUUAAUCUACUCUAUCGGUUUCAUGUCUGCAGAAAAACACGCUGACGAAUGCAUUGUUGUUAGACCCAGAUAUAAUAAAAAGUCCUAGGAGGCGACGUGUGUAGCUCUUUAGCAAUAUAAUACAACGAAGGUGUCUUCUUCAUGUUGUAUUGUCCCUCGAAUCAUUAUAUUGAAAUAUAUUUGCAUGUAGUGAGAACUUAUUCUGAAGGAAGGAGGCAAAGUAACAUGUUCUUUGUACUGUAUUGGUUGUUCUCUCUGAUAUAAAUGUCUCUAUUUCAAAACUGAUACGAUUCGACCAGGCUUAGGAUUGAAUGUAAAAUUUAAAAGAAAAUAGAAAAGAAUGUAUGUAACAGAACGUCCAAGUUUAGAGUUAGAGUUGUGCAGCUUUUUAUUAGGUGUUUUGUUGGUCGUUUCUUCUUAAAUCCGUUGCACGUCAUCCAAUUUGACGUCAUAUUCGCACAGCGUUGUUGUAGUGUCAGAAUAGUAGAAUAUAAUGUUGAUUUAUGUUUUCAGAGUUAUGGGAUGAAACAUUGUAACAACAAAAGUAAUGAAUUUUAAUAAAGCAUUAAUUUGUUAUUUUUAUAUACAAAAUGAAUUGAUACUUGAUAAGAUAGUCUUAAUCGUUAAAAAAAAGUACACAAUUAUAUAUCGCACCCUGACUUCAAUAGUGCCAUAACCCUAAAAAAAUGGAAAAUCUGUUUUUGGCCUAACACGUUCCUAGACUUGCCUUCAUUGUGGUAUAAUGUCAUAUAAUUUAGUUAUCUUAGAAUCGGCAUAGUGCGCCUGUGUCAUUACAUAUUACCAUUUCCGGUUUUGGCUCUCUCAACAUUAGCAAGACCGCCACAAGGCAGUUUCAUCACCGUGAUAAAUACCGGUUAUUUUUAAAUAUUGCCCUAACAUGUGAUAACGCAUUUGUUAGUCAAGAAAAAAAUACUCAAGUAAAACUUCUCUAGCGCCAUAACCUGUGAGUGAUUAGGCUACUGGAGAACGUACAUAAGUCUCGAAUUUUGAAUAUACACUGUGUCCGUAAAGUAUGGAACAAAUUAUUUUUUAGCUAAACAGAGCGUUUUAAGAAAUAAUCCUGAAACACGUCGAUUUUUGAUUUUAAUUUACCAUAUUUUAAAAUAAUAUUCUAAUGUACAGGGUGAAUUACUUUCGAGUAAUGACGUCACCGUCAUUUUUUUUAAAUGGAACACCCCCAUUUUGUCUCAAUUUUCGGAUUACUCUAGCUGAGCUGAUUCCAAAAAUGUAUCACAUGUUGAUUCAUAUUGGUACAGGGUGGACAAAAAUACAAUAGUUUUGUGUGUGUUCAUAAAGUAACGCGUUAGUUAAAUUAACAGUAUUAUCAAACAAAUAAUGACAUUUCACAAAAACAUAGCCUACCAUGUUUCUUUUAAAUUGAUAAGAAAUAAUUUCUUUCAUAUUCUGUCCGCUAGACAAUAAGUAUUUUUGAUAUUGUUAAUUUAGCUAACGCGUUACUUUAUGAGCACACACAAAACUAUUGUAUUUUUGUCCACCCUGUACCAAUUUGAAUCAACAUGUGAUACAUUUUUGGAAUCAGCUCAGCUAGAGUAAUCCGAAAAUUGAGACAAAAUGGGGGUGUUCCGUUUAAAAAAAAUGACGGUGACGUCAUUACUCGAAAGUAAUUCACCCUGUAUAUUAGAAUAUUAUUUUAAAAUACGGUAAAUUAAAAUAAAAAAUCGACGUGUUUUAGGAUUAUUUCUUAAAAUGGUCUGUUUAGCUAAAAAAGAAUUUGUUCCAUACUUUACGGACACAGUGUAGAUGCCUUAGUGAUAACGCCUUAUCAUAUUUAAUGGCGAAUUUCAGGGUGAAGCAAUGUCAAUAAUUAAAGAUAAAUACUAACAUUAGAUAGAUAGUCCAGAAAGCCACUGCGCUUCCGCUAGGAAAAAUAUUUCGAUUCGGAUUUUUUGCACAAUCUUACUCAAAAAGGACCCCUUUUAACAAAUUUGCAUGUUGCCAGGACCAAAAAUGGGUAAAAAAAUUGUUAAACGUUUUUUUUUUUUUGUUUUUUUCUUAAAAUUAUUUUUCUUGCAUGGAACAAAGUUUUUUUUAGGUUUUUUGGAUCAUUCCAAACAGAAAAGGUCUUUAGUGACUUUUCUCUAAAGUUGAUAGUUUUUGACAUAAUUGCGAAAUCGGCCAUUUUUAACUUCAAAAACUAUGUGAAAAACUGAAAAUUUGAAUGUUGCCAAGGUAAGUAGAUAUUCUUUGAACAUCGAUUGAUGAAAUCCCGAAGAGUUUUUUGCAAUACAAUAUUCAAAAUUCCUUUGUUUUUUAAUUGCUAAUCAAGCGUGCGCGACACUAUUUUCCACCGUUGCAUAUGUAUCCAGUAUGGUGCAAAUGAAAGGAAUAAAUUCGUUAAUUCGUAAACCGGCGACUUUAAGGAAAAAUCCCGUAACAAGUCGAUUUUUAUUUUUAAGUUAUGAUUGUGGCAUAUAUGGUAUACUAGUGACGUCAUCCAUCUGGGCGUAAUGACGUAAUCGAUGAUUUUUUAAAUGAAAAUAGGGGUCGUGUGCUAGCUCAUUUGAAAGGUUCUUCAAUUCUUUAUUUAGUAAUAUAAACAUUUACAUAAUUAUUUAUAUAGGGUGUCCAAAAAUUUUUUAUUAAAUUAAAUUAUUUGACAAAAAAGAAGUAGAAGGACACCCUGUAUAAAUAAUUAUGUAAAUGUUUAUAUUACUGAAUAGAGAUUUAAAGAACCUUCCAAAUGAGCUAGCACACGACCCCUAUUCUCAUUUAAAAAAAAAUCAUCGAUUACGUCAGAACGCCCAGAUGGAUGACGUCACUAGUAUACCAUAUAUGCCACAAUAUCAUAACUUAAAAAUAAAAAUCGACCUGUUUAGGGUUUUUUUCUUAAAAUCGCCGGUUUACGAAAUAACGAAUUUAUUCCUUUCAUUUGCACCAUACUGUCGGUAUAAAAUAGUGUCGAGCACGCUUGAUUGGCAAUUAAAAAACAAAGGAGUUUUGAAUAUUGAAUUGCAAAAACCCUUGCGGAUUUCAUCAAUCGAUGUUUAAAGAAUAUCUACCUACCUUGGCAACAUUCAAAUUUUCAGUUGUUUACGUAGUUUUUGAGGGUUAAAAAUGGCCGAUUUCGCAAUUUUUCAAUUUUUAAUCGCUUAUAUGUCAAGAACUAUCAACUUUAGAGAAAUAUCAUUAAAGACCUUUUCUGUUUGGAAUGAUCCAAAAACCCUAAAAAAAACUUUGUUCCAUGCAAAAAAAAUAACUUUAGAAAAAAAACAAAAAAAAAACGUUUAAAAAAUUUUUGACCAACUUUUGGUCCUGGCAACAUGCAAAUUUGUUAAAAGGGGUCCUUUUUGAGUAAGAUUGUGCAAAAAAUCCGAAUCGGAAUAUUUUUCCUAGCAGAUGCGCAGUGGCUUUCUGGACUAAGAUAGUCACAUAAUCGACAUAAGUGCAGAAUUUGGUUAACUUGAUGCCAGCAGUUAAAGAGAAAAUACAUGAAGAGUUCACAUAACAUCUUAUUUUUGCUCUCCUGCAAGUUUGCGAUUUCAGGGUUAUGGCAGUAAUGAAGGACACCUAAAUUAUAAAAGUAAAUAGUUUUCAAACCUUUGGAGUAUUAAUAAUACAUGUCGCAACUUUGUUAAUACUUGUAAAAGUUAUCUAACUACACAACGCUGUCUAUUUAAAUUUUCUUAGCACUAAACUUAGUGCUACAUAAAUAUACUGCUAUAACGUAAAAUACUUAAUGCCUCUUUAUCUAAUGGGCGUCCAUGUAGUUGAGUUAUUAUGAAUUUGUUUUAUAUGUACCUAUGUUAAUUACUAUUGUCUUGUGGCAUCUUAAUGGAAUGUACUAUUUUCAUUGGAAAUAAGACAAAAUUUUACUUUAAAAUAAGUUUAUUUGACAUUUAGAUUUUCACUUCGGAAAUCGUUCUCAAAAUGCAAAACAUCAAUAAAAAUCUUGUUUUUUUUUUCUUGGGAGAUCCUCAUAUUAUUUUUAGUAUAUAAAUUAAUAAAACAUCUCAUAAAAAAAUUUCAAAUUAGCCGACUUUGAUUACAUAAAAUUCAUUUCUAACAAUAGGAGAAAAGAAUUGGUAUCAUUUUGGCAGUUUUUGGAUAUUUUCACACUCCUGACAUUUUUGACAACUCAUUGAACUACUAACAAGUUUUCUUAAAUUUUCAUUAUAAGGAAUGUAAUUAAUUAACUUCUAAGGAUCCUAGGGAAACAUAUUUUUCACGGACUUGUUUGAGAUAACUAGUGGUUUCUUCUUAGGCCUCGAAUCUUGCUUUGGUUUGCAUAUGCACUAGUUUCCGAAUACACAGGAGGUUAGGAUAGGUUUAGACAAAAGAGGUCCGGUAUAGAAACAUAGGACUUGUUUUGUCUAAACGAACGAACCUCCUGUGUAUUCAGAAACUAAUGAAAAAACCAAAGCAGUGUUCGAGCCCUAAGAAGAAACCAUUAGUUAUCCUAAACAAUAAGUCUAUGAGAAAUAUGUUUCCCUUGAUUCGUUAGAAGUAAAGUUGCAUUCCUUAUCGACGUAAAAUGAAGAUUUAAAAAAACUCAAGAAUGAGACGCAGUCAAAGGCGUGACGAUCCUGCCAGGAUAUACUUACACCCGAGAGGGUAGAAGGUCUAAAGAUUAUAUAUAAGAAUGAGACGCGAUGAGGUCAGGUACACUUAAGAUAACAUUAACGAGAGUCAGGAGACCGUUGACUCUCUCCUCUAAAAAUAUAGAAAUUUUAAAGUAAAAUUGUGAUUUAUUCUCAAUAAAAAUAGUAAAUGAUAUUGUUUAUAUAUUGGUUUUAAACGCUUUAAAAUUGUUGGUGCUACUUGCGAAAUUUUGAAAAGGUUUGAAUGCAAAGUUUUGUUUUUAAAAGUAGUUUUUCCAGUGUUCAUUUGUUUGUAUUGUUUAUUUCAUUGCUUGUUUUUCUUUUGUUCAUGUGUUUACAAAUACUUACAAUAAAAAUAUUUUUUAAA